AGCAGUGCAGCUCCGGGCGCCGCGAGGAGCAGGCUGCCGCUCUGGCUCGCCGCCCCCAACUGCAGCCGCCGUCGCGCCCCCAGCCCCGCCGCUGAGCCGCCAGCAAUGGACCUGCCCAGAGGCCUCGUGGUAGCUUGGGCGCUCAGCCUGUGGCCAGGGUUCACAGACUCCUUCAACAUGGACACCAAGAAGCCCCGGAUCAUCGCAGGCUCCAGGAGUGCCUUCUUUGGCUACACGGUGCAGCAGCAUGACAUCGGCGACCAGAAGUGGCUGGUGGUGGGUGCCCCACUGGAAACCAAUGGCCACCAGAAGACAGGCGAUGUGUACAAGUGUCCAGUGCUCCAUGGGAACUGCACCAAGCUCAACCUGGGAAGGGUGACCCUGUCCAACGUGUCCGAGCGGAAAGACAACAUGCGCCUAGGCCUAAGCCUCACUACCAACCCCAAAGACAACAGCUUUCUGGCCUGCAGCCCCCUCUGGUCUCACGAGUGUGGGAGCUCCUACUACACCACGGGGAUGUGCUCACGCGUCAACUCCAACUUCAGGUUCUCCAAGACCGUGGCCCCGGCCCUGCAAAGGUGCCAGACCUACAUGGACAUCGUCAUUGUCCUGGACGGCUCCAACAGCAUCUACCCCUGGGUGGAAGUCCAGCACUUCCUCAUCAACAUCCUAAAGAAGUUCUACAUCGGCCCAGGACAGAUCCAGGUUGGAGUGGUCCAGUACGGUGAGGAUGCGGUCCAUGAAUUCCACCUCAACGACUACAAGUCUGUGAAGGACGUGGUGGAGGCAGCCAGCCACAUCGAGCAGAGAGGAGGCACAGAGACCCGGACGGCAUUUGGCAUUGAAUUUGCUCGGUCAGAGGCCUUCCAGAAGGGCGGAAGGAAAGGGGCCAAGAAAGUGAUGAUUGUCAUUACGGACGGGGAGUCUCAUGACAGCCCGGAUCUGAAGAAGGUCAUCCGGCAAAGCGAGAGGGACAAUGUGACCAGAUACGCAGUGGCUGUCCUGGGCUACUACAACCGCAGGGGAAUCAAUCCAGAAACCUUUCUAAAUGAAAUCAAAUACAUUGCCAGCGACCCCGAUGACAAGCACUUCUUCAACGUCACUGAUGAGGCGGCACUGAAGGACAUUGUUGACGCACUGGGGGACAGGAUCUUCAGCCUGGAAGGCACCAACAAGAACGAAAUCUCCUUUGGGCUGGAGAUGUCUCAGACGGGUUUUUCCUCACACGUGGUUGAGGACGGAGUUCUGCUGGGAGCUGUGGGUGCCUACGACUGGAAUGGAGCCGUGCUGAAGGAGACGAGCAGUGGGAAAGUCAUCCCACACCGUGAGGCCUACUUGAAGGAGUUCCCUGAGGAGCUUAAGAACCACGGUGCAUACCUGGGAUACACAGUGACGUCGGUCGUGUCCUCCAGGCAGGGGCGGGUGUAUGUGGCUGGAGCACCCCGGUUCAACCACACAGGCAAAGUCAUCCUGUUCACCAUGCACAACAACCGGAACCUCACCAUCCACCAGGCUCUGCGCGGCGAGCAGAUAGGCUCCUACUUCGGCAGUGAGAUCACCUCGGUGGACGUCGACGACGACGGGGUGACCGACGUCCUGCUGGUGGGCGCCCCUAUGUACUUCAACGAGGGCAGUGAGCAGGGCAAGGUGUAUGUCUACAACCUGAAACAGAGCCGGUUUGUUUACAACGGGACGCUCAAGGAUGGCCACAGCUACCAGAACGCACGAUUUGGGGCCUCCAUCGCCUCGGUCCGAGACCUCAACCAGGAUUCCUACAACGACGUGGUGGUGGGAGCGCCUCUAGAGGACAACCACAAGGGGGCCAUCUACGUCUUCCAUGGCAUCCGGGGCGGCAUCCUGAAGAAACCAAAGCAGAGAAUCGCCGCAGCAGCGCUGGCCACCGAUCUCCAGUAUUUCGGCUGCAGCAUCCACGGGCAACUGGACCUCAAUGAAGAUGGGCUUGUGGACCUGGCCGUGGGUGCCCUGGGAAAUGCCGUGAUUCUCUGGUCCCGGCCCGUGGUUCAGAUCAAUGCCAGCCUGCGCUUCGAGCCUUCCAAGAUCAACAUCUUCCACAAGGACUGCAAGCGCAACGGCAGAGACGCCACCUGCCUAGCCGCCUUCCUGUGUUUCACACCCGUCUUCCUGGCACCCCAUUUUGAAACAGCAACUGUUGGCAUCAGGUACAAUGCCACCAUGGAUGAGAGGCGGUAUACACCACGCGCUCACCUGGAUGACGGCGGUGACCGCUUCACCAACCUGGCUGUCCUGCUGUCCACGGGCCAAGAGCACUGCCAGCGGAUUAACUUUCACGUCCUGGACACCGCUGACUACGUGAAGCCCGUGACCUUCUGGGUGGAGUAUUCCCUAGAGGAUACAGACCAAGGCCCCAUGCUGGACGACGGCUGGCCCACUACCCUCAGAGUCUCGGUGCCUUUCUGGAAUGGCUGCAAUGAGGAUGAGCACUGCGUCCCUGACCUGGUGCUGGACGCCCGCAGCGAUCUGCCCACAGCCAUGGAUUACUGCCAGCGUGUGCUGCGGAGGUCUGUGCAGGACUGCUCCGCCUACACUCUGUCCUUCGACACCACAGUCUUCAUCAUAGAGAGCACGCGCCGGCGGGUGGCAGUGGAGGCCUCACUAGAGAACAGAGGCGAGAACGCCUACAGCACCGUCCUCAACAUCUCGCAGUCGGCCAACCUGCAGUUUGCCAGCCUGAUCCACAAGGACGACUCAGAUGGCAGUAUCGAGUGUGUGAAUGAGGAGAGGAGACUGCAUAAGAAAGUCUGCAAUGUCAGCUACCCCUUCUUCCGGGCCAAGGCCAAGGUGGCCUUCCGGCUGGAUUUUGAAUUCAGCAAGUCCAUCUUCUUGCACCACCUAGAGAUCCAGCUUUCUUCGGGAAGUGACAGUGAUGAGCAGGACAGCACCAAGGAUGACAACACGGCCCUCCUGCGCUUCCACCUCAAGUACGAAGCCGACGUCCUCUUCACCAGGAGCAGCAGCCUGAGCCACUACGAGGUCAAGGCCAACAGCUCACUGGAGAGAUACCAUGGUAUUGGGCCGCCCUUCAUCUGCAUCUUCAAGAUCCAGAACCUGGGCCUGUUCCCCGUGCAUGGGGUGAUGAUGAAAAUCACCAUCCCUAUUGCCACACGGGCUGGCAACCGCCUGCUGAUGCUGAAGGACUUCCUUACCAACCAGGUGAACACGUCCUGUAACAUCUGGGGGAACAGCACCGAGUACCGCCCCACCCCAACUGAGGAAGACUUGAGUGGCACCCCACAGCUGAAUCACAGCAACUCUGAUGUUGUAUCCAUUAACUGCAACGUGAGGCUGAACCCCAACCAGGAAAUCUACUUCCAGCUGCUGGGGAACCUAUGGCUGAGGUCUUUGAAAGCACUCAAGUACAGGUUUCUGAGAAUCACGGUCAACGCCGCCUUGCAGAGACAGUUCCACAGUCCCUUCAUCUUCCGCGAGGAGGAUCCCAGCCGGCAGAUCACGUUUGAGAUCUCCAAGGAGGAAGAGUCACACGUUCCCCUGUGGAUCAUCUUGGGCAGCACACUGGGAGGCCUCCUGCUACUGGCACUACUGGUCCUGGCGCUAUGGAAGCUCGGCUUCUUUCAAAGCGCCAAGCGCAGGAGGGAGCCUGGCCUGGACCCCGCCCCCAAAGUGCUGGAGUGAGGUUCUGCAGGAAGCUUCGCGAUGAUGGGGGGACCAGUCCCUACGGUGUGCAGGCCCAGGCCUGGGGCCCCACCGAGCUGGAGCGAGAGGAUGCCAGCUGGCUCUGCACUUGACCUCAUCUCAGUGAUGGCACCUGCUCCCUCUGGAAUGGAACUCAAGCCGACUCCUGGAAGGCUGGGACACCCACAGCACAGCUCCUAGGGACUUGAGGGACCCCUGUGGAAGUCGUUGGCUGCCCUGGCCACUGAGGUGCCAGGAAUUGCCACCAUCCGUAUCCUGGGAAGAAGCCCGAGAGGAAGGCUAUAAACAUGAACCUCUGUGCACAGGCCAGGCCUCCCCCUGGCUCCAUGAGAACACAGCAGCCCAGCACAAGGGAAUCCUGCCAUCCCAUCACUCCCAAUGCCAGCCCGAGACAGGCCUCCAGGGCUCCCCACAGAUGAACCAGAUGGAACCCUAGUGCUUGCUGAUGACAGCUGUCACCAGGGACUGAUGGGAGAAUCUGGGAUGUGGAGACUGUGCUGAGGGGCAGUGGGAUCCAGAACGCUUGGACCCAGCUGAGCCUGGACGGCAGCUGGCUAUCCUGGCACGUGCAUUCCCACCCAUACUCCUUCCAACCCAGCUCCCAGCCUCCUGCCCCUCCCACCCCAGUUACUGCUGCCUCUUCCAGGCUGCUUGUGUUUCUGGGCACCUCACAGAAGCGGAAGCGAGGCAUGUGGGUGAUGCAAUGCCUGGGGCCUGGCCACAGGCUGCAGCUGAUGUGGACACAUUGACCAGAGUGUGGACUCCCUCCCUGUGUCACCCCUCUGCGUACCCACAGGAACAUAUCGCUUACCAACCCCCUCUAUGCCCAGCAUCAUGCGGGAGAAAGGCUCAGAGGGGCCCUCUCUGGAAUGCACUGAACCAAACCUGUUCCAAGGCCCUGGGAGCCUGGGCAGCCUCACUGGCCAAUGUCUCAGCCAGCAGUGAAGAGACCGGGACCGAGUGGUACCACCACUGAUGGCACCCCAAUGACAAGGGGCAUGCCUGCUGCCCGGCAGAGUAAUUUAUGCCUUAACCUUGUUUGAAGGGGACACAUCAAAGGCAUCUGUUCCCCUAUGCAUAGUACGACCUUUGCUGUCGUAUUUUUAAGAAAUUAAAAAAAUCGUGUUUAAAACCAACCAAGGUGCUGAUACCCCAUUUUGUGGGCAGAUGUCCUAGCAAGCCACAC